AUGCUCUCAGAUGUUGAACGUACCAGCAUACAGAAAGGCUCACGCAGGCAAUACAGCGAUAAUGUCACUGAACUUGAGACAGGAGCUGGCCGAGUCCAUGAGUCAAAUGGGCUACAAUCAAAUGGGCUACUGAGCUUUCCACCCGAGGUCUUGCUUCACAUUCUUUCUUAUCUAGACCUUCCUGACCUAGCUCUGAUCGCGCGGGUCGCGCCGUCCUUGAUACCCCUUACCGACGAUCCAGUCCUGCAUACCCACAGACUGAAGAUUGUCUCACCCUCAAGGGUAAACCACAAUUUAUUUGGGAAGAGCCCGCAAGGUCAUCAGCUUAGACCGACUGUCUCUGAUUUGGUGCGCCGUGGCGUCAUCAAGGGCAUUGCCAUCGAGCGGCGCUGGAGGUCCGGGUGCUACUUGUAUUCCCUCACGUCCGUGCUCCAAUACGAGACUGGAAAGCGGAUUUUGCGGCAACAAGCUUCGCACAAGCUCGCGGUGCAGCUGCGACGACGGACGACCGCAGGCCCGCCCGCACGGUCCCUCGCGAGUCUGCACUCUUCACACGUGCUCCCGGACGUCGAGUGUUCCUCGACACGCGUCGCGCGGAGUUUGCUUCCGAUAGUGCGCAAGCUCAAGUGGUCCAUCCAGCGCGACAGGCUCGCGCGCGUAUUUAAGCACAGUGCGAUCCGUACGGGAAUUGGCGCGUGGAUGGAGAGUGGAGAGGGGUUUGGGAGGAAGGUUAUCCCGGACAGCGAGAAGGUGCGCCUGGCGCUCUGUCCGGAUAUCAAUAGGGCCAGGAGCUUCUUUGAGAGGCUGAGCGUUGCGAAUUGA